AUGCCUGUACCAUUUCUCGGGCGACUCGAUGUCACCGAGUAUGUUGCGCUUAUCGGGUCUUUCUUGCUUGUGGGACUCGAGGCCCUUAUUCGUAUCCUGACGCUUGCCCUGCCUAAUUCCCUAAUCACCCUAUUCUACCGAUUAUCGAGACGACUGUUCAAUCGAUGGACAUCACCAGCACAGAAGUGGGCGGAGGAGAGGAGACAACCCGUCUCUGCAGCCGUCCGAGACGCCUCUGAUUUUGUCGACCUUUGUGCCCUGUUCGGAUACACCGCGGAAGAGCAUGUUGUGCAAACUAAGGAUGGAUAUCUGCUCGGUCUGCAUCGCUUGGCUUACAGAAAAGGCGAGGAGGAUACAAAGGUCAAUAGAGGGCCGAACAGCGUCAAGAAGCGCGUUGUCUACCUCCACCACGGUCUGCUGAUGAACAGCGAGGUUUGGGUCUGCCUCACGGACGAGCAGAGGUGCUUGCCCUUUGUCCUCGUUGAGCGCGGCUUUGAUGUUUGGUUUGGAAAUAACCGCGGCAACAAAUACUCCAAGAAAUCCGUCCACUGUUCGCCCAUGUCGCAGAAAUUCUGGAACUUUUCGAUUGACGAGUUCGCCUUCCACGAUAUUCCCGACAGCAUUAGCUACAUUUUGGAAACCACCGGGCAGCCGUCCUUGUCAUACAUCGGUUUCUCUCAGGGCACAGCGCAAGCUUUUGCUAGUCUGUCUAUCCACCCGAAGCUCAACGACCAGGUCAACGUCUUUAUCGCUCUAGCCCCAGCCAUGUCUCCGGCCGGUCUAUCCAAUGGCAUUGUCGACGCCCUCGUUAAAGCAUCACCGCAGGUUCUAUACUUGCUUUUUGGAAGACGCUCUAUUCUGAGUUCGGCAACCAUGUGGCAGUCGAUCCUCUACCCGCCCAUCUUCUCCAAGGUCAUUGACAUGGGACUCAGCUUUCUCUUCAACUGGCAGACCGAGAACAUCAGCACCUCGCAAAAGCUUGCCGCAUAUCCGCAUCUCUACUCGUUCACAAGCACCAAGUCGGUCGUUCACUGGUUCCAGAUUAUUCGCACCAAGUCCUUCCAGAUGUACGAUGACGAUGUCCAGCCGCCGCUCAUGCUUUCAACCAGCAGCAAAUACACCAAGGUCGCCAAGUAUCCCACCCGCAACAUCAAGACGCCGAUCGUACUAGUCUACGGGGGCAUCGACUCCCUUGUAGACAUUAAGGUCAUGCUUCGCGAACUACCCACCCAGACGGUGGCCACCGAGAUCCCACACUACGAACACCUUGACUUUCUCUGGGCCCGUGACGUUGACGCUCAAGUCUUCCAGCACGUCUUUGAUGCACUCGAGAGUUUCACCGGAGCCGAACACACCAAAGAAGAAUACGAACGCUAUCGAAGCGCCCGACACGUCAGCUUGAGCGCCAGUGCCUCGUUCAAUCGCUUCGUUCCUAACAAGAACGGCGAUACCACUGCCGCCGACAGCGACGUCAGCACUGCCGUGGCCGGGAGUGUCCGUGACGGCGAGGAGCAGUUUGUUAACGCCGACGAACACCAGGAACGGCUGGACCAGGUCAACGAGCUAAGAAGCAUCAGAUCUUUUGAUACGAGUAGUAGCCCGAAGAAGCAACAGCUACAUCAAUCAUCACACCAGGCUCGUGAGAGCCCUAUUACGACCCCUGUCGGCAGCUUCAAAAGCACUUCUGGCUCCAUGCUUGGAACCAACAUCCUCAAGAGACCAAAUUCGAGGCCCACAAGCCCAAUGUACCCCGGUUCCUUGGAUACACGAUUUGAGAACAACUCGAGACCCGAAUCGCCGUCGUCAGGCAGGAGUCCCGACUCCGAAUAUCAAGGCGCAUUACCUUCGAUUACGCCGCCCAAGAGGAGGGGAACGGGUACGAGCCAAAUGAGCUUGAAUUCGCUCAGGGGUGGAAAGGGAAUCAGUCUCGGUGCUAGCAGAGCGGUAGGUGGUGUUAUUACAAGUGGUGCUGAAGUUCCACUUGCUGCAUUGGCAGGAAGCAGCUCGGAUGAGGCGGGGAACUUGAGGAAGUUGAGUAAGAGUUCGAAUAAGAGGUAG